AACACAACCCACAACUCAAAACAAAGCGAAGCUACCUCAGCUUUCACCUUUCCUCAGUCUCAGCCCAAACUCAGUUACAAUGGCAUCGUUCUUCGCUUGUAAGAUAGCUCUGCCAAAGCUCUUCCUCGCCCUCUGCCUCUUCCAGACGGCCUCCGCCACGAGGAGGCUGGCCGAGCUGGUCCAAGACCAGUCUCCGCCCAUGCUGUACCAUAAUGGCCCUCUCCUCUCCGGCAAGAUCUCCGUCAACCUCAUCUGGUACGGCAGCUUCAAGCCCUCCCAGCGCACCAUCAUCUCCGACUUCGUCACCUCGCUCUCUUCCAACCCUUCCCUGGCUCAGGCCCCUCCUUCCGUCUCUCAGUGGUGGAAGACGGUCGAUAAGUACUACCAGCUCUCGUCCUCCAAGACGCGCAAGGCUUCGCUCACGCUCUCGCUCGGAAGGCAAGUCCUCGACGAAAGCUACUCGCUCGGGAAGUCCCUCACGAGCAAGCACCUCGUCGAGCUCGCGUCCCGGGGCAAGCAGCUGAACGCCGUCAACGUCGUGCUCACCUCCUCCGACGUGGCCGUCGAGGGGUUCUGCAUGAGCCGGUGCGGCUCCCACGACUCCGUCGUCAGUUCCGUCAAGGUCAAGGGCAGGAGCUCGAGGUUCGCGUACAUCUGGGUGGGCAACUCGGAGACGCAGUGCCCGGGGCAGUGCGCGUGGCCGUUCCACCAGCCCCUGUACGGCCCCCAGAGCCCGCCGCUGGUGGCGCCCAACGGCGACGUGGGCGUCGACGGGAUGGUGAUCAACCUCGCAGGCCUCCUCGCCGGGACCGCCACGAACCCGUUCUCGAACGGGUAUUACCAGGAUGAGGCGGGGGCGGCGCUGGAGGCAGCAUCGGCGUGCACCGGGAUCUACGCCAACGGGGCGUACGCGGGCUACGCCGGGAACUUGCUGGUGGAUCCGGCGACGGGGGCGAGCUACAACGCGCACGGCGUCCACGGGAGAAAGUACCUGGUCCCGGCUCUCUACGAUCCGUCCACGUCAUCCUGUUCGACGCUGGUGUGAGGGAUGUGGAGACAGAUAGAAACGAUGACGUUUACGUUACCAGAUUGAUUGAUUCAUUUGUUUAUUGAUUUUUAGUUGCUCUAUAUUAUUGUCCUUAUAGUUAAUGGAAAAGGCAAACCACUUUUAUAUGCUACAA